UUCUGGUCUCAUCCUUUGAGACCUGAAUUUCAAUGGUUUUUCUAAUUCUAGAAAUUCCUUUUAAAACCUGUGAUUCUUUUUAGCAUCUCGCUCUUUCUUGUUUUAAUUCCACCCCCCACACCCUAGCUUUUUUUCCUGUAACCAUGAGCUCCACGAAGGUGGGGAGGUCUUUAGGUUCGCACCAUCUCUGGAAGGGAACAGACUCGGAGUGUGCUGUGGGAUGACUUAACACCAGUGGGAACGGAGACCGCUGAGCCCCAGACUGGCCUGCGCGCAGCGAGUCAGCCCUCCCAACUGCCCGCAGCCCCGCCAGUCUCUCAGCCCCGGCCUCGGGGGAGAGGGGCCGGGAGCCCAUGACGUCACGGGACUGUGACGCGCCGGGGAGCCCCGCCCCUUCGCGGCGCUUGCCCGGAGUCCAGCUCUCUGCGCCGUGACGUCACGGGUCCGGGCGGGCGGGUUUUGCGUCGGCCCAAUGGGAGCGGCGCGCCGGCCUCCCCUUUAAGGAAUGUUGUGACCUGACGUCACCCGGGCGAGUUACCUCCCCGAGCCACCGCCGCCAGGCUCAGCUCACAGCCCCGGAGCCCUUGAGCGCGGCGGAGCCCCCGAACCUCAGAGCCCCCAGCCGCGCGCCCCGGAGCCCCGGCCUGCGCGCCCCGCCGGGCUCGCGCGAUGCCCUCAGACCGGCCUUUCAAGCAGCGGCGGACCUUCGCCGACCGCUGUAAGGAGGUGCAGCAGAUCCGCGACCAGCACCCCAGCAAGAUCCCGGUGAUCAUCGAGCGCUACAAGGGUGAGAAGCAGCUGCCGGUCCUGGACAAGACCAAGUUCCUGGUCCCAGACCAUGUCAACAUGAGCGAGUUGGUCAAGAUCAUCCGGCGCCGCCUGCAGCUGAACCCCACGCAGGCCUUCUUCCUGCUGGUGAACCAGCACAGCAUGGUGAGCGUGUCCACACCCAUUGCGGACAUCUAUGAGCAGGAGAAGGACGACGAUGGCUUCCUCUACAUGGUCUACGCCUCCCAGGAAACCUUCGGCUUCUGAGCCAGCAGCCCCUGCCCAACUGCCCCUCCCUCACCUGAGGCGCUGCCCCCCUGCCUGGACCUGCCCACCCCUGAAGGACUGGCCCCUGGCUCACCUGGUGUUGACAUGGUGUAUGGAUCUGUGGUCACUGUCCCUCUGCAGAAUAAAGAUUGCUCAGGCCUGCCUGGC